UAUUUGCGUGGUCGCAUAUCCGUUACCAAGGCAACCCGCUGGGCCGCAUCUGCACGUGGUUUAACUAAUUAGUGCCACGCUCCGCGCUAAUGAGUUCACCUGUGGCGACUCGUGCUUAGUCAUCUCUAACUUACCUGUCUGCUGCUCAGUAGGCCAAACUAAGCAGGUCGGUCUCCCCACUAACCGUCUAACGUCUCCCAGGUACGGCGAUGUAUACUUUAGGAGUUUAACCAGAACUUGGUUGGAGUUUCCCGGUUUUGUGUGACAAAUGACAGUUCUUGUAACGAACGCUUUUCGAAGUAAAACGGACCACCACAUCUGGACCUGCUGUCAAAGAGGAGAAAGUGAUCCUGUGAGUAUCAAAACUGAACCAUGAAGAAGAAACUGCGAACUGUAAGUCCUUAUAUUUCCCCUUUAUGCUGGGGCAUUGUUUUGGCCUCCUCGUUGGCUGAGGUGGAAAGGUGAAUGAUUUAAAUAAUGUUUUUUGUUGGUACGUGGGCUAAUUACCUGUUUAGUUUGAACAUGUGUCAAUGCUGUGUUAGAAGGGGUGUAGUAUAGGUUCCAAGUGAAUUGUGAGAAUAGUAACAUAGGGUUUCUCAGAGUGCAGCCAAAACAUACUCCAAGGUUUUGUCUAGAUUUUCUUUCGACAUGCUUCGCCACUACUUCCUGAACUUUGCAUCACGUCACAUGAGUUACCGUACUGAUGAGGGUUCAGAUUGAGUGAUCAGAGAUGCAUGCUAGGGUUCUGCGCUGUCUUAAGCCUCCAGCUCUGUAGACUUGCCCCUUCAGGUGAAGGCAUGUGUCUAAGAGGUGGUUGUGAAGUCAUUUACAUGAACUGGGAUGUCAUUCAAGAUGGUGACAGGCUCUCACCUAAAGGAGAAACGCCCGGGGAUGAGAGGUGAGGGCUCUUCCUCAACGACUAGAACACCACCUCGGUCCUUCGCUAGAGAACCAUGGAGCACAUUUCAACGUUGCCCACCAUACAUCUUGAAGCCGUAGCUACGGUUUCUCUACCUCCGCAGCUGGAGUAGAGCACAGCUGCAGUCACGAAAAGGGUUCUUGGUGGGAUCUUACCGCGAUAGGUUCUGAUUUAAGAGGACCGAACUUCCAGGACCAGCUGGACUCCUCCAUUACUCUGCAGUUCAGCCUGAGAAAGGCUUGCAUCUGAGCCAGCAGAGGGCUCAUCGGCCUGCUGUUCAUAUGGGAUGAGGAGAAUCCUACUGUAAAGACCUACCAACCAAUCCCUGCUCUGUUCAAGGUCUGGUCCGUUCAUGACCUACCUACCAACUACUGGGACGUCCGAUACCUACCAACUACUGGGACGUCUGAAACCUACCAACUACUGGGACGUCUGAAACCUACCAACUACUGGGACGUCUGAAACCUACCAACUACUGGGACGUCUGAAACCUACCAACUACUGGGACGUCUGAAACCUACCAACUACUGGGAUGUCUGAAACCUACCAACUACUGGGAUGUCUGAAACCUACCAACUACUGGGAUGUCUGAAACCUACCAACUACUGGGAUGUCUGAAACCUACCAACUACUGGGAUGUCUGAAACCUACCAACUACUGGGAUGUCCGAUACCUACCAGCUACUGGGAUGUCCGAUACCUACCAUCCCACCUAAUCAGGGUGACCUAAUCAGAUUACCUUCUCACCACUUCCAUCAAAUCCCGUCCUUGUUCUCAGGCUCAUCAAAGCGGAAGAGUUUGAGUCUGAAGGAAAACAACUGGACUGCCUGUGGCUCUUCAGGUGGGCAUGGCGAGGGUUCUACCUUGCCUGGUUGUUCAUGCGGUCAGGGUUUUACCUGGCCUGGUUGUUCAUGCGGUCAGGGUUCUACCUGGCCUGGUUGUUCAUGCGGUCAGGGUUCUACCUGGCCUGGUUGUUCAUGCGGUCAGGGUUUUACCUGGCCUGGUUGUUCAUGCGGUCAGGGUUCUACCUGGCCUGGUUGUUCAUGCGGUCAGGGUUCUACCUGGCCUGGUUGUUCAUGCGGUCAGGGUUCUGCCUGGCCUGGUUGUUCAUGCGGUCAGGGUUCUGCCUGGCCUGGUUGUUCAUGCGGUCAGGGUUCUGCCUGGCCUGGUUGUUCAUGCGGUCAGGGUUCUGCCUGGCCUGGUUGUUCAUGCGGUCAGGGUUCUGCCUGGCCUGGUUGUUCAUGCGGUCAGGGUUCUGCCUGGCCUGGUUGUUCAUGCGGUCAGGGUUCUACCUGGCCUGGUUCAUGUGGUCAGGGUUCUACCUGGCCUGGUUCAUGUGGUCAGGGUUCUACCUGGCCUGGUUCAUGUGGUCAGGGUUCUGCCUGGCCUGGUUCAUGUGGUCAGGGUUCUGCCUGGUUCGGUUGUUCAUGUGGUCGGGGUUCUACCUGGCCUGGGGUUCUUCAUCCGGGCGUGAUCAGGGUGACGAGGCAUACCAUGUGUGAGCGUGAUGACAUGGGGAUACGCACUUAUUAUACAUCACAACAUUUUAGGAAAUGGUCCUUCAAGCUUGAAAGCCUGCGACGUGGCUGCCCUUUCUAGCCCCGACAUGAUAGUUGGCUGGCAGGCCCUGUGGAUUGUAUCUUCUGGACUCCUGUGCUGGGAUGCAAGUUUUUCUUGGGCUGAAUUGCAAUGCAUUUGUUGAUGCUAGCUGGACCUGGGAGUUGGGUCCCCCUUUGAAUCAGAAACCAUCUCGGUAACAUCCCAACUAGGGUUCUCUUCAUGCUGUAACCAAGCUCUUCUUCAGCUGAGGAGGAAAAUAAAUCCUUGCUGGGUCUUCAAGAUCUAUGAAGAGGAAUAUUGAAAUGUGUGCAAUGGUUCCCUCCCGUAGGCGCUGUGGUGUAUUCUAGUCGCUGAGAAAGAGCCCUCACAUCCUACCCAUGGCGUCUCUCCUUGGGGAGUCCCUGUCACAGUCUUGACGGAUGUUCCAGGUCAUGUAACUGAUGCAACAGCCCUUUUGAACACUGUUUCUCCGGAGGGGGGCACGUCUACAGAACGGUAGACUUCAGACAGCACAGUAUCCUAACAUGCAUCUCUGGCCACUCAGACCACACCCGGAUCAAUAUGACAAUGCUCAUGCGAUGUGAAGCGAGGAAGUAGCCAAAAGACAGAUUGGUUAGCUUUUUUUUGUACGCUGGCAAGCAUUGUUAAUUGGUAGAUAAUUAGUUAAAUGGGGUAACUGAAAUGUUUAGUCAAAAUGUUUUGUACAUAAACCAACAGCAACAAACUACCAGAUCGCCUCAAGGUAAGUCUGUUGGCUGUAUUUUGCAAUGAGACGACCACAAGAUCUUCAUCGUCGUUCAGCUCAAGGUGAGGUGCUGGUUACGUUACUUAGGGAUGGUUCGUACUGGAACGUUACGAUUCCAGUAUGACGGGGCUUGGGGUUUCUGUAGAGGUUGGUAGUUAGUUUAGUGCAGUCUGUGAAGCUCUAAUGCUGCAGUACUGUGUGGUGGAGGAUAACUGGCAGUACGAACAGGAUUGGCAAUUGCGUUACGUCAUCCACACCUUAUUAUGGCGUCUGGCAGUACGAUCAAUAUUGGCAUUUGCGUAAACCUCAUAACUAAUGAGCGUACCCAAUUAAGGUAAUCUGGCAAUGCCCCAUUUCUAUAGGUAACCAUCUGCGAUUAUUGGUAAAUCCUUAUGCACUAGAAAUUAGGAAGGGCACUCUUAAAAUAUAUAUAUUUUUAAUUAUCCCACAAAAUACCGCAAACUACUUUGAUAACUGUGCUCUACAAUCAACUCUCGAUUUUCUGCGCAUACAUUUAUCGGGUCGCGUAAAAGAUUGAGACGACGGCAUUUACCUACUACGGCUUUUUAUUUCUUCAACAACCCAGCAGCUGAAUGUGGCUAAGUAUCAUUUUACUAUCUAAAUUACUAUUGAUAUUGCUAGUGUUCUAAAUAUCUGGGCUGUGAUCUGCUCAAUAUAGUUUCU